AUCUGUAUUUUUGGUUUUUAGGGUACCCUUGAAAGUGGAACAAGCAAACAAUGCUCGUGAUGCCUUGGCUAAAACAGUGUAUAGUCAUCUGUUUGACCAUGUAGUGAACAGGGUAAACCAGUGUUUUCCAUUUGAGACUUCUUCUUUCUUCAUUGGAGUUCUAGAUAUAGCUGGUUUUGAAUACUUUGAACACAACAGUUUUGAGCAAUUCUGUAUUAACUACUGUAAUGAAAAACUGCAGCAGUUUUUUAAUGAAAGGAUUCUGAAAGAGGAACAAGAACUUUACCAAAAAGAAGGCCUGGGGGUUAACGAAGUGCGCUAUGUAGAUAAUCAGGACUGUAUAGAUUUGAUUGAAGCAAAAUUAAUAGGUGUACUGGAUAUUUUGGAUGAAGAAAAUCGUCUUCCCCAACCAAGCGACCAGCAUUUUACUUCAGUUGUGCACCAAAAACACAAGGACCAUUUCAGGCUCUCUAUUCCUAGAAAGUCUAAAUUGGCUGUUCACAGAAAUAUCAGAGAUGAUGAAGGCUUUAUUAUCCGGCACUUUGCAGGAGCAGUAUGCUAUGAGACGAUGCAAUUUGUGGAAAAAAACAAUGAUGCUUUGCACAUGUCCCUUGAAUCUCUUAUUUGUGAAUCCAAGGACAAGUUUGUUCGACAGCUGUUUGAAUCUAACACUAACAACAACAAGGAUCCCAAACAAAAAGCUGGGAAACUUAGUUUCAUCAGUGUGGGAAACAAAUUCAAGACUCAGUUAAAUUUGCUUCUUGAGAAGCUUCACAGUACUGGGUCUAGCUUUAUUCGCUGUAUCAAACCUAAUUUAAAGAUGACAAAUCACCAUUUUGAAGGAGGACAGAUUCUUUCUCAGCUUCAGUGUUCAGGAAUGGUGUCAGUUCUGGAUUUGAUGCAAGGUGGUUUCCCUUCACGAGCUUCAUUUCAUGAACUAUAUAAUAUGUACAAGAAAUACUUGCCUGAAAAAUUGGCUCGACUGGAUCCUAGGCUGUUUUGCAAGGCACUAUUUAAAGCCUUGGGACUGAAUGAAAAUGAUUACAAAUUUGGGCUAACCAAGGUGUUUUUUAGACCAGGCAAGUUUGCAGAAUUUGAUCAGAUAAUGAAGUCUGAUCCGGAUCACUUAGCAGAGCUUGUGAAACGAGUGAAUCGCUGGCUCAUCUGCAGUCGUUGGAAAAAAGUUCAAUGGUGUUCUCUCUCAGUGAUAAAAUUAAAAAAUAAGAUAAAAUAUCGAGCCAGUGCCUGCAUUAAGAUACAAAAGACUAUUCGUAUGUGGCUCUGCAAGAGAAAGCACAAACCACGCAUUGAUGGCCUGAUAAAAGUGCGUACACUGAAGAAGAGACUUGAUAAAUUUAAUGAAGUAGUAAGUGCUCUGAAGGAGGGGAAGGCAGAGACAAGCAAGCAGGUCAAGGAGCUGGAGUAUUCUAUUGAUGCAUCAAUGACCAAAAUUAAGACCACUAUAAUGACUAGGGAACAGAUACAGAAAGAAUAUGAUGCUCUAGUCAGAAGCUCAGAGCAGCUUCUGAGUGCACUGCAGAAGAAGAAGCAGCAAGAGGAGGAAGCAGAGAGGCUACGACGCAUCCAGGAGGAAAUGGAAAAAGAAAGAAAGAGACGUGAAGAGGAAGAUAAACAACGAAGGAAGGAGGAAGAAGAAAGACGUCUGAAAUCUGAGAUUGAGGCAAAGAGGAAACAGGAAGAGGAAGAGAGGAAAAAGAGGGAAGAGGAAGAAAAACGUAUUCAGGCUGAAAUUGAGGCUCAGCUAGCUAGAGAACGAGAAGAGGAAACCCAGCACCAGGCAGUGCUUGAACAGGAACGUCGUGAUCAUGAACUUGCAAUGAGAAUUGCCCAGAGUGAGGCAGAACUCAUUAAUGAUGAGGCUCAGCUUGAUUUAGGAUUGCGCAGAGCCGAUGGAGCAAAGCUGCAAAUGACUGCGGAACAAAUGGCAACAGAAAUGUCAGAAAUAUUGUCUAGGGGUCCUUCAGUUCAAGCUACAAAAGCUGCUGCUGGUACUAAGAAGCAUGAUCUGAGUAAAUGGAAGUAUGCAGAGCUUCGUGAUACAAUCAAUACGUCCUGUGAUAUUGAACUGUUGGCAGCUUGCAGAGAAGAGUUUCAUAGAAGGCUAAAGGUGUAUCAUGCUUGGAAAUCCAAGAAUAAGAAACGUAAUGCAGAAGCAGAACAGCGUGCUCCCAAAUCGGUUACAGACUAUGCUCAACAGAACCCAACCACCCAGCUACCAGGCAGACAACAGGAGAUUGAAAUAAACAGGCAGCAGCGUUACUUCCGCAUUCCCUUCAUCCGUCCCGCGGACCAAUACAAAGAUCCCCAGAACAAGAAGAAGGGUUGGUGGUAUGCGCAUUUUGAUGGGCCGUGGAUUGCUCGACAAAUGGAACUUCAUCCUGACAAGGCACCUAUUCUCCUUGUAGCGGGUAAGGAUGAUAUGGAUAUGUGUGAGCUUAAUCUUGAAGAGACUGGCUUACCUCGAAAGCGAGGUGCUGAAAUUUUGCCGAGACAGUUUGAAGAGAUUUGGGAGCGCUGUGGAGGUAUCCAGUAUCUUCAGAAUGCCAUUGAAAGCCGACAGGCUCGCCCUACAUAUGCUACAGCUAUGCUGCAGAACCUGUUGAAAUAAAUGGUCAUUUUGCACAGUAGCGUUUGAGAGAACCCUUGCCCCUGAUACAAAGGGAAGAGUUCCUCUGCACUACAGAGGACGUAAACAUUCUAUAAUCAUAUUAGAGAUGUUUAAUAUAAAGUGAACAGAUUUUAUUAAUCAU